AUGUGUUCUUUUAUUGAGCAAGUUGGUACAGGUGAAAUCAUAAGGCUCUAUAUAGAAGACCAUCAAAGGAUUUCAAACAUGGCGGAAGAAUUAAGCAAUGAUGGAUUACGAGUUCUGGGAGUAGCAUUCAAAAGGCUAGAAACGCAAACAGGUGUUGGAAGAGUGGCCUAUGAUGAUAGCAUUGAAUUUGACAUGGUGUUCCUUGGCAUUAUAUCUUUCUUCGAUCCCCCGAAGGAUUCUGCCAAGCAGGCUCUGUGGUGGCUGGCCGAGAAGGGAGUAAAAGCAAAGACUACCCAUGUGAUUACAGGGGCAGAUCUCGAGUUACUCAACCAUGAAUCCUUCCACGAGACUAUUAAAAGAGCAACUGUGCUAGCCAGGCUCAACCCAACUAAUAAACUCCGGGUGGUCCAAUCCUUGCAAACAGUGGGACGCCAUGUUGUGGGGUUUUUGGGUAAUGGAGUGAAUGACUCGCUGGCAUUGGAUGCCGCUAAUGUGGGUAUAUCGGUUGAUUCCGGAGCAUCAAUUGCAAAAGAAAAGGCCGACAUUGUACUACUUGAAAAGGAUCUCAAUGUUCUUGUGGCUGGAGUUGAGCAAGGUCGACUGACUUUUGGGAACACCAUGAAGUACAUCAAAAUGUCAGUUAAUGCCAACCUAGGGAGUAUUCUCUCUCUACUCAUAGCCACAUUGUGUUACAGGUUAGAACCUUUGACGCCAAAGCAGCUUCUUAUGCAGAGCUUUUGUACAAUGUGGGUCAGAUUGCAAUCCCUUGGGACAAAAUGGAAGAGGAUUACGUUAAGACUCCACAAACAUGGUCCCUCAGAGGCCUAG